AUGCCUGCAUGCGAGGUGAUGCCGCAGGAAGACGGCGCGGCACAAGCAGAUGCCGACGGGAUGAAGGACAUGUCGCAGAAAAUGCCGACACUGGGAAACCGGAUCAUGGUGCUGAAAGAAGGCUGGGUCGCGCUGAUACUGAGCGGCACAAAAACCAUGGAGCUGCGCAGCCAGCCAGCAAAAACAGGACCAAUCUGGAUUGGAUUCGAAGGUCGCGUCUAUGCCCACGCAGAAAUUUCAGACUGCAGGCAGAUGUCGCAGGAGAUCUACGAAGAAACCAGAGCACAACACCGCCACAUGGGCAGAAUGAAACAAGGCGACUCGCUGUACGGCUUGGUGCUGACGAACCUCGUCCAACUAGCGCAUCCAAUCGACUACUACCAGAAGCCCGCAACGGUGCUCUGGGAGAACUUCAGGACUGGACCGGACGAAAAGCUCCCCCACCGCAGAGCUUCAAAGCGCGCACAAGAAAUGCGGGCUUUACAAGAUGCUCGCGAGGAUGACGAAACCUCGGAAAUCGACGAGAGCCCCGGGUGCAAGAACACAGAAGAAGAAGAUCGGCGGGGAAAAGACGGCGGAGACGCCACGCGGCCAAGCACGGAGCGUGAGCCGCAGGAACUUGGUUGCGACUACACUCUUCAGGAAGAAGUACGCCAAUUCGUCAGAGCAGUCAUGUACCGCGAGCUGGAACAAGAACAGCUCGCAUGGUGGCAGGACAGCCUGAAGGAGCGCUGCCGCUACCACCGCUUCCCAUGCCGAACGUGGUUCGAGCUCGUCUACACAUGGCGCCCUGCUAUACACUCUCCAGAGCCAAGACCCAACGAAAAGGCGGAACGACCACAGCCGCAGGAGGUUCUCGCGGAAAGCUUCUCACAUCCACGAGGCCCGCAGCCUCAACACGCCCCGACCUACAGCAUCCCGUGCUACAUCCCCGUCCUGCUGAGCUACGAACACAACGGCUCCUCUGCGCAAAAACCCGGCACUCACAUCCACAGAGUUUGA